UGCCAUUAAAACAAGAAGAAGAAGUAGAAGUUGUACUUCCGGGUUAACCUCCAUGUAGAGUUAUUUUUGUACUGCUAGCAACGACCUAAAGUAUUUUAUUUCAUGUACAUAUUGUUGUUGGCCACUCAUGUUUAUAGACUGCGUUGCUUACGUUGAUUAUGAUGAAGCCACAGUGGCACGUGUCGUUGUGUUUAAUCUGUUACGUUGGCUGCGUUAUCAAGCUAAUAUAGGCUACGUAGGUAGCUAACUGUUCGCGUUGUUUUCAUUUUUUCAACAUGUACACCUUAUUGUCCGGAUUGUAUAAAUACAUGUUCCAAAAGGACGAAUACUGCGUGUUGAUCCUGGGCCUCGACAAUGCGGGAAAAACGACAUUUCUGGAACAAACCAAAACAAAAUUCAGUAAAAACUACAAGGGAAUGAGUUUAUCAAAGAUUACAACCACAGUUGGCCUGAACAUUGGCACCAUUGAUGUGGGCAAAGCACGACUGAUGUUUUGGGAUCUGGGCGGUCAAGAGGAGCUUCAGUCUCUUUGGGACAAAUACUAUGCGGAGUCCCAUGGAGUCAUCUAUGUCAUAGAUUCAACUGAUGAAGAGCGCCUGUCUGAGUCAAAGGAGGCUUUCGAGAAAAUGAUCAGCAGUGAGGUUUUGGAAGGCGUUCCACUCCUUGUGUUGGCCAACAAACAGGAUGUACCGAACUGUUUGUCGGUGCCGGACAUAAAAACAGCCUUCAGUGAUUGUGCCCCCAAGAUUGGGAAGAGAGACUGUUUAGUCCAGCCCUGUACUGCUCUGACAGGAGAUGGGGUGAAUGAAGGCAUUGAGUGGAUGGUGAAGUGCGUGAUCAGGAACAUUCACAGGCCCCCCAGGCAGAAGGACAUCACAUAAGUACUCUUGUGUUGGACUUUUCUCUUCUCCUCAGGAAUGUUCCUUGUGGAGCUGACUUUUCACUCACCUUGUUCUUGCUGUGACAUUUAAGAGUGCAGAGCACACAGCGUGUUUUUUUUUUUUUACCACCAGACUAAAACAAACAUACAGGUGACACUUUUUGAAGCAGUGUUGUGAUUUCUUCUGCAGCAUCCUGUGGUUUGGCUGCAAAUGCUGCAACUGUGACUUUAUGAAGCUUUCCCACUGCACAGAAACCUCAGUAAGUUUCUUCAAAAUUGUCCCGUUAACUCCAACAGUGGUUUGUUCACAGAAUCAGAUAAAAUCUUUAAGUCACAUAUUUAGAGUCAAACUAGAAUUCACAAUCUCCGGACUUUAUGUACUGAAAACAAAAGUAAAUAGUCUUGUUUCGUAGCAGCUUGUGCAUAAUUUUUUUUUGACCAUAUUUAUGAAAGCAAAGUUAUGAAACGGCUAUGAAACGGCAAAGAAUCUGAUUUUAGUUUCUAUUGCUUUAGUUUGGUCAGGUGGAACAAUUAAACUUGAUAACCUCAUUCCAAAAUCAUAAUGUAAACUAUGCGGACACCUAGUGGUGGGAAGGAAUAUCCUGUAUUUUUUGUUACUUUGCAAAAAUUGUACAAUAGAACCAAAAGCAUCAGUUUGUUUCUUAAAAAAUGCUCAGCAUCGUUGACCUUUCCACUCUGUACCUUGGCUUGUUUUGUUAAUAAUAGAGUAAAAAAAGCUACAGCUUCUUCACAAAGUCAGUAGUACAGUCACACAAAGGCCUCUAGACUUUAACUGGUGUGUUUGAUUGGCUGACUGGCUCAAAAAUGCAGAGUUUAAGCAGUCAUUAAUCUGCACUGCUGAGGAAAUGUUGUGCUUAUUUGCUAAAUAACCUAAUAAAUAAAUUCUAAAACACUAAAUGUAUAAAAACAUACUGAUAAGAAAGCUCAUGAAAGCAUCUGAUGAGUAUGAAUGAAGGUUAAAUAACUGAAACCGAUAUCCUCUGCACACGAUGAACAAUACAUUUCUGACUUCAGAGAAAUCUUUAACAUGUCUGUUUUGUUGUUCUUUAUAGUUAAAAAACACCUAAUUUAACACGUUUAACUUAACUGUUUUAAAGGUAUGUAUGUAAAGAUUGUAAUAGCUUUGUUUAUUUUCAAAAUAAACCCUUGCAACAGG